GGUCGAAUUGGCCGGAAUAUAACGAAUACGACCAUGGUCGAAUUGGCCGGAAAAUAGGCAUUUUUCGGCACAUACGACCAUGGUAAUAAAAAAUGACCUAAAGUAAAGUUGAAUAUAUAUGUUAUAUUCGAGAUCUUGGUAAUAGAAAGGUUAGUGAGCAGUUGAAAUGGUUAGCAAAAAAGGCCUUCAUUUCAGAAGAGAUACCGCUGAAACACCUGAUGAGUGAUGUAGAUGUAAAUGGAGACGGUCCAUAUCGUGAGUGUAAAUAUCCGAGCGGAAUUAGUACCCUCGCACGGUGGUCCGGGAUUAUGUUUUAUAUGAACAAUCGUUUUGAUAACAAUAAUUUCACCAUGACCAUGUUAAAGAGUUUUUUUAGGACUGCUAAUGUUUCUCUUAUCGUUGGUAAAAUACAAGCUACCCGUCAGUUUAGCAACAAGUCUGUUCCUUCUCGUAUGCGAGCUUGGUGUCUGUAUCACUAUGGUAAAGAUAAUACUCCAGUCUUAGAAAAUUUAGACGUUCAAACCGACCUUAAACCGAACGAAGUUUUGGUACAGGUCAAUGCCGCAUCCUUGAACCCAAUUGAUGCGCUGAUACCAGAAGGAUUUGGAUCAGUUUUGUUUAAAAGCUUAAGGAAGUUUAAUAAGUCAGAGUUACCAGAUUUUCCAGUAGUCAUGGGCAGAGAUUUCUCCGGUGUUGUGGUCAAAAAAGGUGCUCAAGUUACCAGAUUUACAGAGGGCGAUGAGGUAUGGGGUACCCCUGCUGUUUGGAGACUUGGAACCUUCUCUGAAUACUGUUGCCUUGGACAAGAUGAGUUGGCACUGAAACCUACAAACCUGAAUCAUGUUGAAGCUGCUUCGCUUCCCUAUGUCCACUUAACAAUGUGGUCAGCACUACAUGAUGCAAGUGGCUUGACGGAACAAAAUGCAAAAAACAAACGAGUGUUUAUUGUGGGAGGAAGUGGUGGUGUUGGUAAUAUUGGAAUUCAAGUCAUGAAAGAAUGGGGAGCACAUGUUACUACGUCAUGUAGUACAGAUGCUGUUGAAUUGGUUAGAAGACUUGGUGCUGAUGAUGUCAUUGACUACAAAACUGAAGAUGUGGCUGAAAGAAUAAAGAGUGAGGCAAGAUAUGAUGUUAUACUUGAUUCUGUUGGAGGAAAUCUAAAAUAUUUUUCAAACAAACAAGGAAUGUCAUGCAGUAAGUCCACAUAUGUGACAUUGAUGCCUCCAAUGUUGGAAUAUAUUGAUGAAUCUGGACUUGCUGUUGGAGCUCUGAAAUCUGCUGGAACAUUUUUUGGUAUGGCUUUAAGACAGAGACUCAACUCAAACAUUGACUACAAAUGGGGUUUUUUCCAACCAAACAGCGCUGCUCUCAACUAUCUCGGCAGUCUUCUCAACCAUGGAAAGGUUGUACCAGUUAUCGACAGUGUAUAUCCCUUUUCUGAUUUGCCCAAAGCUUUUGAGAAACUCAACCAAGGUCAUUUGCGAGGAAAGGUGGUCGUCGACUUCCAAACCCACUCAAAGGAUUGAGACUUUAAAGCAAACACAGAAAGUUUGACAGCCCAAGCAGACGUUUUAAAGAGAUUCAGUUCUUGAUCAAGUCAAAGGCAGUCAAAGACGCCUUUUAAGAGAACGAAAAGGCAAUGAACCACUGCCCUAAACAAAAACAUUUUGUCCAACUCUAAUAACGCUAAAGGCGACUAAUAACUUCUGGGCUCAGUUACAUAUGGAAAAUUAUCAUUAAAUUUCAUUACACUCAGGGUGAAAGCUACUAGCGUUAAUAAUAGUGUAUUUGAGAG